GGUGAAUGCAUUCAGUUGCAUGCAUCAGCUGCACCUGACCCAGCACAAGUGGGUAUGGGAUGGCAUUGCACAAGUUAACGAGGAGAUCCUUCUAACCAUGUUGGAUAUUUUUGAGAAGCAUAGAAGUGAAGAUUCAGAGGCGAAAAGACUACGUACUGCAAAAAACAUUGCUGAUCUGAGGCAAAACCUAGAAGAAACCAUGUCCAGCCUACGGGGAACAACUCAUUUCAGUCACAGUACCCUGGAAACAACCUUUGACAGCACCAUAACCACGGAGAUCAAUGGGAGGGCCUUGCUUGCCCUUAGUCCACGCCCAGCUUCUGCAUUGCCGUGGCGACUAGGCUUGUCUAGCCCUCGCCUGCAAGCUGGUGAUGCCCCCUCCUUAGGGAACACCUUCAUGCUCCAUGGCAGUGGCUGUGGGCAACACACACACAGACAUCAGACCUGCACACACAACCUAGGCAGCCUUGAAUGCUCAGAAAAUGUGGAGAAGAUGGAGGGUGUUGCAGUGGAAACACUGGGGUACAUGAGUGAUGGAGAUAUCCUUGGAAAAUCCAUGAGAGUGGAUGGCGUCUCUACUGGCUAUAUGACGGAUGGAGGGCUGAACGUUUACUCCCGGAGGGUUAAUCGGGUCUUGGAUGGAAUGAGCACCGGAAGAGGGACCAUACACCACUUCAAUCCCAAGAGUCAAGAUGACACUGACAGUUGGGACGACAGCAGUUCAGUCAGUAGUGGGAUCAGUGACGCCUUGGAUACAGAUGAACUUAACACCAGCUCAUCUCUUAGCUCCUACGUCAACACCCCAUCAGUCCCACACCGGGACGUGGAUGAACAGCUCCAGACGGAUGCAGAGAAACACUCUGCUGUGAAAAAUAACCCCAACAACGACCUUAAACAUUCCGAAGGUGGCCCUGACAGUAGCAUUAAAAUGGACACCUCAUCCAAGUGGAUCCACCGGUCUUUGGAUUUACCUGAUGAAUCAGAGCAAUGCUUUACAGGACGCAAGAUGCCAACCAUCUCCCAAACAGGUUCUUGGAGGCGGGGCAUGACUGUCCAAGUGGGUGUCACCUCCCCAAGGACCAAGACUACCAUACCUACAAACUGCAGCUCACUAAAGUCACAUGGUAAGACCGAUGACGCCAAGGUGUCGGAGAAAGGACAGCUCUCCCCUCAUUCCAACAGCAACCCCCGUUCCUCUUCUGAACGGCAAAGGGUUGUUGAUGAGACCAAGAAACCUCCCACCAAUUCUAAUGCAUGCACCCCAACCAGCACUUUUGGUUUCAAGAAGGUCCCAGGUUCCAUGGCGACCAUAACCGCAAGUGGCGCUGUGAUAACUAGUGGUUCAGCUACAGUGGGCAAAAUACCAAAAUCAUUUGGAUUUUCUGGGAGCCGAAUUGUGGGUCGAAAUACAAGUGUGGAUGAUGGAUACCUUCCAACGAGUGCCCUGACAACUCUUCAGUAUCGCAGUUUGCCUAGGCCUAGUCGUGGCAACAGUAAUGCCAGCACUGCUCGUUGUUAUAACCGCUCCAACUGCUCUACCCUUGAUCCUAGUCUUUGCAACAAGGGCACUGCCACACUACCCAAUUCUAAGAGUCGCAACCUAGUCAAGACCACAACAGGGUCCAACCAAACGGACAGAGAGAAGGGUGUCUUCUCAGGUGUGGAGAGCCAGACAUUAGGGCAGGCACUUAAGACUGGUACAGCUACCCAGACAGGGAUGCCAACACAGUGCCAAGCUGGAAGGCAAGUAGGAGGAAAGUAUUCCGAGAUGUCCUCACCAACCCUGCAUAGACUCUUUGGUGGCAAAUCUGGUAGCAAGCAAGGUCCAGUCACCACUAUGGAGAACAUGAAAAACUCCACCAUCAUCUCUAAUCCCCAUGCCACCUCCGUCCAACAAACUGGUGUUCUGGACACACCAUCUGUCACCAGCGGAGGCAGCAGUCCACUUUAUGGUGACAGUCUGACAGUGCCUGUGGGUAACGGGGAGCAGGCCCUUUCCUCUGUUGCUUCCAGCCCUGGAUCGGCUUUCUCAUCUUGGGGAGGGAGGAAUGGAGUGGACUAUCCUUCUCAAAGCUCCAUUCAUACCAGUAGUGACUCCAUAAAUGUUUGCUUGGGAAAGGAAGAUACACUGUCAGCAUGUGUUAAUCGGACUAACAGUGCCCGAAUUGGCCUCUCAGACAGCCCCAUGUCUUCCCCCUCUGCUAGCCCUAAAUUGACCCGCAGCACACUGCCACGGAAGCAGGACAGGUAUGCCCAUGUACCUCAGAUCAGAUGUCAUGAGGAGGCCCGUGAUUGGCUACGUUCCCCCACUGCUGUUGGGCUCCCAGACUCGGCUGUCUCCUCCCCCUUCACCCCUGCCUCUGCAGUCACCUCGCCCUCUGGUACACGGUUCAACUUUGCCACACUUGGCAGUCCAACCUCAGGUUCGCAGAUCCAUCUGGCUACUCUGCGCAGCACCAAUGGUCAGGGCAGUCACGACGGCCCGUACGACCCCUAUGGGGACUCACGUCUGCGAAACUCCUCGAUGAGCUUGGAAGAGAAGAGUCGUACCAUGAGCAGCUCCGGGUCUUUCCGUGAGGGACUAGAGGAAGUUCAUGGCUCAUCUUUGUCGCUGGUAUCCAGUGCAUCUUCAGUUUACUCAACGCCAGAGGAAAAGGCUCAGACGGAGAUUCGUAAGCUGCGGAGAGAAUUGGAUGCAUCUCAAGAGAAAGUCUCAGCUCUCACAACACAGCUCAGUGCAAACGCUCACCUUGUGGCAGCUUUUGAGCAAAGCUUAGGAAACAUGACCAUCCGGCUGCAGGGCCUGACAACGACAGCAGAACAAAAGGAAACAGAGCUGAGUGAGUUAAGGAAAACCAUUGAGCUCCUUAAAAAGCAGAACACAGUAACUCAGUCCACCAUAAAUGGAGUCAUUAACACACCAGACCCAAAUCGUAAAGUCUCUCUAGACUCCAUUAAUGGAUCAUCUCAAUCCCAGCGAGAUUUGCAGAUCCACAGGCAGCCCUCCUCAGACAGUGUCUCUAGCAUGACCAGCGCCACCAGCCACUCCAGCAUUGGCAGCAACCUGGAGCUUGACACUAAGAACAACAAGAAGAAGAAAAACUGGCUGCGGAGCUCCAUUAAACAGGCUUUUGGAAAGAAAAAGUCUCCCAAAUCAGCCUCCUCUCAAUCUGACAUUGAGGAGAUGACGGAUUCCUCUCUGCCGUCUUCUCCCAAACUGCCGUAUAACGGCUCGACGGCCUCCUCAUCGAUGAUACGCAACUCCAACUCCAGCUCCCUUCCUCAUCUGUCCUCCCUGCCUGCACACGGGCUUGGCUGGAGCUGUAGCAGCAAGUCCAUGAGGUCUGCCUCUCUGGCACGGAUAUCCGAAUGCACGGACAGCGAGGCAGAAACAGUCAUGCAUUUACGCAGUGAACUACGCGAUAAAGAAAUGAAACUGACAGACAUCAGGUUGGAAGCUCUCAGCUCUGCCCACCAACUGGACCAGCUGCGCGAAUCCAUGAAUCGCAUGCAAAUUGAGAUUGAGAGGCUGAAAGUGGAGAAUGAUCGAUUAAAGAUAGAGAGCAGGGGCAGCACUAGCAGAGUUCCUUCUCAGAUGUCCAUCUCCCCUUCAUCUGUAGGACUGUCCUCUCAACUGAGCCUCACAGAAUCCACCAGCCUUGAUAUGUUGUUGGAGGACAGUGGAGAUGGAAGUUCCUGGAAAGAGGGCCAACAUGUUAAAGUUAUGGUCAGUCUAGAGAAAGAUCCAGAAUUGAAAGAGGAGUGCAGACCUUGCCAGUUCUUGCUGGGCUGCAUUGGAGUCAGUGGAAAAACCAAGUGGGACGUCCUAGAUGGCGUAGUCAGACGCCUCUUUAAGGAAUACAUCAUCUGCGUGGACCCUGUCACUCAGCUGGGUUUGAACACUGACAGUGUGAUGGGGUACAGCAUUGGAGAUGUUCAUCGCACUAGUGAUGCAGAUACACCAGAACUUCUGCCAUGUGGUUAUCUUGUGGGUGAAAGUAAUACCAUCUCUGUCCAGUUGAAAGACUCGUCCAACGAUAGCCUGGACAGUUUGGCGUUUGAGACGCUCAUUCCAAAGCCUGUUUUGCAGCGAUACAUCUCUCAACUCGAGGAGCACAGACGAAUCAUCUUUUCAGGGCCCUCUGGUACUGGGAAGAGCUUUCUGGCUAACAGACUAGCUGAAUACAUGGUCCUUAAAGAAGGAAAGCAGCUGGAACACCAAGCCAUCGCUACCUUCAAUGUAGAUAACAAAACGACUAAGGAACUGAAGCAGUAUUUGUCCAAUCUGGCCGAGCAGUGUAAAAGCAGUGUACAGGCUGUGGACAUGUCUGUGGUUCUCAUACUAGACAACCUGCACCAUGUCAGUUCACUGGGCGAGAUGUUCAAUGGCCUGCUUAACUGCAAGCACCACCAGUGCCCUUAUAUAAUUGGAACCAUGAAUCAAACCACACCAUCCACUCCAAAUCUACAGCUUCAUCAUAAUUUCAGAUGGGUUUUAUGUGCCAAUCAUACUGAACCAGUGAAAGGCUUUCUGGGUCGGUUCCUGCGGCGGAAGCUUCUAGAGACAGAGAUCAGCAGUCGAGUUAGGAACGGGGAGCUAGUUAAAAUUAUUGAGUGGAUCCCAUGUGUCUGGCUUCAUCUGAACCGCUUUCUGGAAACACACAGUUCUUCUGAUGUCACAAUUGGGCCCCGGCUCUUUCUAUCAUGCCCGAUGGACGUUGAGGGCUCAAGGGUGUGGUUCACUGACUUAUGGAACUACUCCAUCAUCCCCUAUAUGCUGGAGGCGGUGAGAGAAGGGUUACAGAUGUAUGGGCGUAAGGCAGCGUGGGAGGACCCGGCUAAGUGGGUGAUGGAGAGUUUUCCUUGGGUGGCCAGUCCACAGCAGCAUGAGUGGCAUUCUCUACUACGCCUUAGGCCAGAGGACGUGGGGUUCGAUGGCUACUCUCUCUCACAAGAGAGCAGCCCAGGCAAGCAACCUGCUCAGGGCAAAUCAGGGGAAGACCCCCUGAUAUUCCCAUCACCACAGAUGAAUAUGUUAAUGAGACUGAAGGAGACGGCUCACUGCACAGGCACUGAAAGCUAUGACAGUGAUUCCACAAGCAACAGUCAACAAGAUGAUAUACUGGACUCGACAUUAGAAUCUACACUGUGAAUAACACUUUAAAACAUAAAAUAUGAGACAUGAACUCCUUUUUAAUGCCAUAGUAGGCUUUGUAUGGAAUUGCAGGGUGCUGGUAACCCUCAAUAUCCCUGAAAAUCAAGGUGCCGGUAACCCUGAAAAAUCAUCAUUCCAAACUAAAAGUAGGCAAACAAACAUGAAAGAUUUCACAUUUACUGGAAUAAAAGUCAUCUGACCACAGACAAGCAUUUUUUUUAUAACUGCAACUUUUUAUGAGAGAGCUCAACAUUCCAAAACAUUAUUAAGCUUGAGAAUUUAAAUGGAUAGUUCAUCUAAAAUCAUUUACUCACCCUCAAGUUGUUCCAAACCCCAUAUGACUUUCUUCCGUGGAACAUAAAAGGAGAAGUUAGGCAGAAUGCCUCAGUCACCAUUCACUUUCAUUGCAUCAUUUUUAACCCCCAUAUUUGGAAAGUGAAUGGUGACUGAGGCUAGCAUUAUGCCUAACAUCUCCUUUUGUGAUCCACAGAGGAAAGAAAAUACUACAGGUUUGGAACAACAUGAGAAGAAGUAAAUAAAAACAGAAUUUUCAUUUUUGGUUGAACAAUCCCUUUAAAUGUCUUUCCUGAAAUUGACACUAGAUGGCAGUAAAAGUGUGUUCUAUAAGGAGGAGUUCUCUUCCACUUUCUUGAUGAGAUGUAGCAGCUGCUUGCAAAGCAUUCAUGCUUAAGUCAAAUUACAGUUCAAGAGUGAAAAAAAAGUGUGGAAUAUACUGUAGACCUUCAAGAACCAAGAUGUAAUGCCACCAGUGUUGACAGCAAAAAUGUUUUUCCUCAUUAUAUGAUUCAAAGUUUAGAAUCAAAGUUCAAAGAUAUCAAAACUUCUGUUAAAAUGCAUAUUCCCAUUCUCUCGUAAGUUUCUACUCACAAAUCAUACUCUUUCUGAGUGGAUCUCUAUAGGGUGACUAAUGCACUAGUGAACUUUUUUGGUGCUUAAAUUGAUAACAAUGCCUUACAACUUUGUGUUGGGCUUUAUAACUAACUUAUAGACUUUUCUGUUACUUCUUAUAAAUAAAAAUAAUCAAAGACAUUAAAGCCUUCAAAAUGUGCGACCUAAUCUGUGUGACCUAAAAGGGAAAUAUAGUAUAUAAUAUGAGCUAUAUUGUUGUUGCUUUUGGCAACAGUAGAGGAAGUGUGGGUAACUUACUGGGUUGUUGGCAAAAGAUUUGAAAAUAUCAACCCUAAUUUAAGAGCUUCUGAGAAGUUAGCUCAUUAUGUGCAAGACAAAUAUUUGUGCCUCUUUUUGUGGUCACAAAUAUUUAUGUAGAUGUUAACUAAAUACUCAAGUAAAUUAUACUUUCUACGCACUGUUGGUACAUUAAAAAAAAAUGUAUAACAUUCAUCAUGAUGCAAUAUGUGGUAGAAUUUUAAUCAAACACAAACUGGGGACUAUCUCUGAUGAUGGAUAAAAUAAAAUGAAUGAAAACCUUCAUCUGUCAUGUUACACCUUGUAACAACUUGCAUUUGCAUUGUUGCAAUACAGUGGCAUUAUUACAUUCAAAUUAUAUUGAUAUUAGUACAAAUUAAAGCCCAAACUGACUUUUUGUGGUUUUGUAUUCCCAGCCUUUUUCUAAAUGACUAUCCAGCCUCCUGACAAGUGAAAAAUAUAUCAAAUUAGUGAGAUCUCUGUUCAAUUUGAGCAGAUGUUUAUCCAAAAUACUUGUUAUGCGUAGAAAUGACCUUCUAUUGUGUAUAUUAUUUGAGGUCUAUACUGAAGAUCUUUUGGGGGUAUUUAUACAUACAUUCACAAAGUUCUGGCACUCGGAUCCGUGUGAUGUGCUUUACUUGGAAUUGGGGGUUAGCGUGUCUGGUGGCCCCUUCAGGAGUUUAACAUGGCACACAUUUGCAUGUGGUGCAAAUAGAUUACUGAGUGUUGCUUUAAUUGUAUGAUUGCAUUUUCUUCACCCAGAAAAUGAAGUGUUUUCAUGAUUUCACUUGUUUUCUUUUGUGUUUUCUCAAAUGUAAUUUGACAGAACACCAAUUUUUUUUAACAUUUUCUGUGGUAGAUACCACCAAAUAAUCUUGCUAUACUUUUAAGUACUGCCAGGAUUUUUCUUUUACUUUAAGCACAGCUACAUUUGAAAAAGUUUAUAUAAUGAAUUGAGAGUUUAAAUGAUCAUAAUAAGAGAAGAUGGAAAUAUUGUGUGUAGUUUACCAUACAAAUUUGCUGGUAAUUUUUUUGAAGAAUUUUGAUUUGUUUGUGUAUAUUUUCAGCUGUACUGUAUUUUUGUAAAUAUUUGGAUUUUUGUGAUUGUUUCUGUAGGCUGUAAAAUAAACUUUUUGACAUGUUUUAUGUGAAGAGUUUGUGAUCACAUGUAGCCCUUUUUGGAAUAAAUGUGAUCGUUUUCCUA